AUGGUAUCUCACCUGCCGCCCGGAGACAAAGACAGAUGUCUCAUGGUAUCUCACCUGCCGCCCGGAGACAAAGACAGAUGUCUCAUGGUAUCUCACCUGCCGCCCGGAGACAAAGACAGAUGUCUCAUGGUAUCUCACCUGCCGCCCGGAGACAAAGACAGAUGUCUCAUGGUAUCUCACCUGCCGCCCGGAGACAAAGACAGAUGUCUCAUGGUAUCUCACCUGCCGCCCGGAGACAAAGACAGAUGUCUCAUGGUCCCCGGCCUACGGUCUCUGGCCUACGGUCUCUGGCCUACGGUCUCUGGCCUACGGUCCCUGGCCUAUGAUCGCCUAUGGUUCCCGGCCUAUGGUCCCCGGCCUUGGUCUCCGGCCUAUUCGCCGGCCUAUGAUCGCCUAAGGUCCCCGGCCUAUGGUCUCCGGCCUAAGGUCCCCGGCCUAAGGUCCCCGGCCUAUGAUCACCUAAGGUCCCCGGCCUAUGGUCCCCGGCCUAUGGUCUCCGGCCUAUGA